CAAAAGGCGGCGUUUCCCGAAGGAAGCAGUGGCUCCAUGACAGCCACUGCUGUAGGACUGGAGGCGAUGCCAGGCACAGUCACAGGAGGUUGGGAUCAAGACAUGGAUUAUCUGGGAAAGCUGCUGGAUUAUGGCUUGAGACUCAUGGGAAAUCCUGGAGCUGAACCUGCUGGUGAAGGUGGUGCAGCUUCCCAAGCCACGUCCAGGACUGAGCCUCUGGGAGAUGCUGAGGUGAUGGACCAAACAUCUGUGCAGAAGGAGGCACAUCCUGGAGGAAGCGUAUCCUCAUGGGUAGCCCCUGCUGCAGGAAGGAAGGCGAUGCCAGACAUGGGCACAGGCACAGCAGAUGCAGCCAGCACCACAACACGUCUUCCCCAUGCCCAGGAAGGCCUCGGAAGUGUCUUCUAUAUGGGAACAGGCUGCUGGGCAGGGUUAAUGGCAGCCCUGCUUCUGUUGGACCUUACUCUCAUAUUGUUCUGUGUCAGAAUCUGGUGUAACUGGAAGAAGAAAUGGAGCACCUCUGGACAGGAGUUUAAUGACGGUGGCUGCACCUCACUCCCAGACAGUUUGAGCUGCUCCUCUGGCCGUCAUAAGGGCCUGGACAGCCCUCUCACCUGUUCUGUGAAGGGAACCCAAGAACAGCCAUCUACAAGGAAACCUCCUACUACCCUUUAGAUCCCACUGCCACCUGCUCUCCCCAUGGGUCUCCCCAAGAUGACUUCAUCCCUUUUUUGAUCUCCCUGCAUCCCAUCCCAGCCAAUUCUCAAGUUCUUCUGGAGACCCCAGGCCCAGCUGAGCACACUCCAGCCCCUCCUGAGACCAACACAUCCCUUCCUCUGCCCCUCAGCUCCCUGGCCUUGCCCUCUAAACAACACUGGAGUUAAGCCCUGCUGCCCCGCCAGGGUAGGCGAUGGCCCCUUCUUCUCUUGCACUACAGAGAUGGAGCUGUCACCCCAGUGUCUGGAGGCAGCAGCAGCAAAGCCCACCCGGCAGCAGCACUGGCUGAGCUCCGUGCCC